AUGCCCCUCGUCGUCAAUAACCACGUCGUCCCGACCACCGUCUACCAUAUUGCCGGGCCAAGUCCCCGUGCGCCCCUCGUCUACAUGAUUCCAGGAAAUCCAGGGCUUUCCGAGUUCUACGAACCUUUCCUCGAAGAACUCAAGGUCCUUCAGCCUGCCUUUGAGUAUCUGUGUCCCUCCCACAUUGGCUUCGACACUCUCACUCAGUCCAGCUAUGGCAUCCACGGUGGCAUCGUUAGUCAUACACUUGACGAGCAGAUUGCUCAAAAAAUUAGUCUUCUGCGUGAAUGGAUCCGUGAUGCUAACGCCAAAUCCGGAUUCCCUGUAGGAACUACCCCACCCCCACGCCAGGUCGUCUUAAUGGGCCAUUCAGUCGGUGCAUGGAUGGUGCAGCGAAUUGCAGUCGCAUUUGCAUCAGACCCCUCCGUCGAUAUCAAACUCGUGGCUCUACUGACCCCAACUGUCAUCGACAUUGCCAAAAGCCCCCGAGGAAAGUCACUGUCCACUGUCGCGGGUUACUUAUCUGAUCCAGGCUACUACCUCUCACGCGUGUCCCAACUGCUCAAUUGGACCAUCCCGCGUGGAGCCCUCAAAUCCGCGCUGUCCUACAUCAUGGGCUCACCACCAGAAAUCGCCCUUAACGCCGCGCUUUCUCUCGUCACCAAGCCCCGUAUUGUGCGCCAGGCCGUCGACAUGGGCAAGGAGGAAAUGACACGCAUUGGUUCAGAUAUCGAGCCCACAGAAAUUGCUGGCUUUUGGCACAACAAAAAUUAUAAGAUCUGGAUGUUUUUCGUCAAAGACGACCAUUGGAUCGCCUCCGAGUCCCAAGAACGUCUCAUUGAGUCUUUCAAAGACUCUCCAAACGUCCAGACCGUCGUCGAGGCUAGCGAACCCGCCAUCGCCCAUGCCUUCUGCGUCCGAGAUAGCGCCCACGUGGCCCGUCUACUGGGCGACCAGAUCCAACAAAUCGGCUUUUCUCAAGCCCUAGAUGCUCCCUCCACUGAACAACGCUACCCAGGUGGUCUGACCGACACCGCCACAGUUGUCGUCAACACUCCUGACUAUCUGGGUGAACGUGAAGUGCUUGCUGUCGACAUUGACCGGGACGCGUCUGCUACUGUGCCCAAUAGUUCCACCUAG